UCAGAAUCCCUGGGGUCACAAUCAGGUGCUUAACCUCGUUGCAUUGAACAAUGUGCGUUGAGUUUGUUAAACAUACUGAGGCAAUGGCACUCUUUCAUCUUCACAGAAUUAGUAAUGGGAGGAUCCAGUACAAAACCAGAGUUAACAUCCAUAGACGACAAGAGAGUGAAAAAUGGGGAGCUCAUUGAGUUCCAUUGUGAGACCAACAUUGAUGACAUUGAAGUCAAAUGGACAAAGAAUGGACAAAGGUUGUAUAGUGGAGGCAGAAUCAGUAUCAACCAGAGUGGGACAAAUUUAAAACUGACAAUCACUGGUGCCAAGGAGGAAGAUGAGGGCAAGUACACUGUAACGAUCAGCAGGAAAUCCAAAAGUCUCUUUCAGUCCGCCAAAGUAACCGUGCUAGAGUAUGACCAGAAGUGGCGGUUCAUAGAUUGGGGGAGAAACGUGAAAAUCAGGCACAGCUUACAAGACCUGACACUCAAAAACCCACAGGUCAAACAUCUGCGUUUCCUGCUGCAUGGGCCUGUGGGGUCUGGGAAGUCCAGCAUCAUUAACUCCAUCAACAGCAUCUUCCAGGACAAAGUCAAAGUGGGGGCGCUGGCAGCUGCUAUAAGUGGCAAGAGUUUCACAGAAACUUAUCAAACCUAUGAAAUUAGAGACGGGCAAGACAAAGCUUUGCCAUUUGUCUUCAGUGACAUCAUGGGUCUGGAAAAAAGUUCUGAAGAUGAGAAUUUGGAUGAGUUCUUUCCACAUGGAAGGUUGCAUUCAGUUGCAUUGCAUAGGGAGUCAACUUUUCCAACUGUGAAGAAGAAUGAUAAAGGUGUUCAUCCUGACGACAUCAUCAGUGCCUUAGAAGGACAUGUCAGAGAUAACUACGUGUUUAAGCCUAGUUGCCCACUGUCUGAAAGAGACCCAAGCUACAAUCACAGCCCAACUCUGGAUGAUAUGGUUCAUUGCUUGGUCAGUGUGCUCCCAGCUGAUAGAAUCGCCAUUAUGGAUGGUGAUGUUAUUAAGAAGAUGCAGGAUAUCAGAAACUAUGCAAGUAAAAAGGGGAUUCCUCAGGUGGUUUUUAUGACCCGUGUGGACUUGGCCUGUCCUGUCAUUAAGAAUGACCUGCCACGUGUCUACUCAAGCAAACGUAUAAAGCAGAACAUGCAAGAGUGCAGUAACAAGCUUGGAGUCCCCAUGAACUGCAUCUUCCCGGUGAAAAACUACCACGAGGAGAACAACCUGGACAGUAACAUGGACAGUCUGAUACUGGAUGCUCUGAAGAAUGCUGUGAACUUCGCUAAUGACUAUGUGGAUGGCCUGGAGACACACACACAGCCUCUACGGACACACACACAGCAGUCAGAGUCAGUAGAGUCAUCAGAGCUAUCAGAUGAUGAGCAGUCAGAGGACUCGUAUCCUGAGUCCUUGCCGGAUGAGUUGGAUUUUUCGAAACCACAUGAAAUGGUGAAUCGUUGUGGCCUAUCAGCAGCAGUAACGGAGGGCUUGAACCCUGUUUUCACACCUGCUGAUAAAGAAUUCGACCUUGAAUGGAGGAAAGUGAGCUGGGAUACCGUCGGUAGAAACAAGAUGGAAAGUGAACUGAGAGACCUACGUCUGCCGAUACCUGAACUGAAACAUGUGCGUAUCCUGCUGCAUGGGCCGGUGGGCGCUGGGAAAUCCAGCUUCAUCAACUCCAUCAACAGUGUCUUUCAGGGCAAAAUCUGUGCAGGGGCUCUGGUCGCUACACCAUCUGGCAGCAGUUUCACCAAAAAGUACAAAACAUAUGAAUUUAGAAAUAAGGAUUCUGGAUUGCUGCCCUUUGUUGUGAAUGACAUGAUGGGUCUUGAGAAAGGGAAUUCUAUUGGAGCACACCCCAAUGACAUCAUCAAUGCAUUAAAAGGCCAUGUUAAGAAUGACUACAAGUUCAAUCCAGUUUCUCCACUGUCUGUGGGAGAUGCUGACUAUGUCGCCAGCCCUUCUCUGAAUGACCGGGUGCAUUGUUUGGUAAGCGUGAUUCCAUUGGACAAGAUCUCCAUCAUGGAUGAUGAGGUCAUCAACAAGAUGCGAGCUAUCAGAGAGGCUGCCAGUGAGAUGGAUAUUCCACAAGCCAUUGUCAUGACAAUGGUGGAUAAAGCCUGCCCGGUGGUGAAUGAAGAUCUUAGGAAAAUCUACUUCAGUAAGAGGAUCAAACACAAUAUGGAGGAGUGCAGUAACCGACUUGGUGUUCCCAUGAACUGCAUCUUCCCAGUGAAAAACUACCACCAGGAACAGGACUUGGUCCAGGAGAUAGACUGCCUCAUCUUAACUGCUCUGAGACAGAUCGUUCAUUUCUCAAAUGAACGUUUGUUCUAGAUGAUGAACGUAUGUUGCGUCGACCAGCUAAUUCAAGACUAUUUUUAUUAGUGGUUCUAUGUUGGUUGGUCUUUCAAGAGGGGUCUGAAGGCAUACGUGUUCAACAUGCACUUAGUCUAUUAAAGGGAUAUUCCGCCAUUUUUGGAAAUAAGCUCAUUGUACGUUUGCAACUUCCCUUGAUUAUUACGCCAGAUGAGAAUGUUUUUCCAUGUCAAAUCAGCCUAGAAAAACGCCAGGUUUCAUUUUCAGUUGGUCAUAUUGCACUUUCUAACUUGAGAAGAGACACGUUUUAAAUGAGAAAAUGACCGGAACUCUUUGUCACUAUUAAUCUUGAUGCUAGCAGGCGAGAUGCUAAUGGUCUAAUCCGAUUCAAUGAUCUAUGCUAGGCUGAAGCUAAAAGUUGUAUCGCCAGACUCACAGAAUGGCUGGAUGAAUGGGUAA